AUGUCUAGCGCCCAACCCAAACUGGGUGAAAGGCUGCCAGGGCGAGCCCGAGAUGGCUCCAGAGCAGGGCAUGUAGCCCGGUUUCAUGGUGGGUUCCACGAGCCCGAGGAAGCCCAAGGGCAAGUCUUGCCCGGGCUGAAGCCCGAGUUUGGUGACGUUAGCGCUGGCGUCACGCUGACGCCAGCGCACGGUAACUCAAAUUUUUUUUACCGUUGGCGCGUGAAUUACACGCGCCAACGGUAA